CCUCCUCCUCCCCCCGCCCUGCCUCACGUAACAGUCAGAUGAAAACACGGGGGUGGGAGCGCGGGUAUAAAACCCCCGGGGGCUUGUGCAACAGCUUGUAGCGGGAGAACAUCGUCCCAGCAGCAGCCGCUACAGAUGGGGGCCGGCAGUCAACAGCCAGCCGUCGUUUAGCAGAACUUUCCCCGCCUGCCCUGGGCCACGAGCUGCCUGUUGUCGAUCCCAUCCCUGGUAAAUCCCCGGGCAACGUUCCAUCCCCAACGGUCAACGUUCCAUCCCCAACGGUCAACGUUCCAUCCCCAACGGUCAACGUUCCAUCCCAUCCCCGGGCAACGUUCCAUUCCCAACGGUCAACGUUUCCAUUCCCGGGCAACGUUCCAUUCCCGGGCAACGUUCCAUUUCCAACCGCCCAGCCGCCCGCGCGCUCGCGCCUGCUGCAACCACCAUGGAGGCGGAGACGCACCUCGACUCCUGCCUGGACAAAGACGCCCGCAGCCUGGGGGUGAACGACGUGUACGAGAUCGCCAAGCUGAUCGGCACCGAGCUGGAGAAGCUGAUCGACAGCUACGGCAAGGAGGCGGUGGAGGGACUGAUUCCCAAAAUCGUGCGCGUCUUGGAAAUGCUGGAGAGCUUCGUGUCCCGCAACGGGAACACCGAGGAGGAAUUGAUCCGAGCCUUCGUGAAGCUGCAGGAUGGCGAGAACAGUGCGGGUCACCACUACAACAAGGAUGUGGAUCAGAAGAUAAACUCUUGGCACAGCCGCAUCCAGGAACUACAGGCACAAAUAUCGCAGCUCACUGGAGAAAACCAGCAGCUCGUUAACCAACUCGUUGAGAUCCAGUCCCAGGAAGCUAAUCUCUCUAAGAAGGAACGGGAAGUCAUGCUGAAACUAAAAGAAGUGGUGGAUCUUCAAAGGGAUGAAAUUCGAGCGAAAGGUCAUGAGAUCUACUGCAAAAACGAGGAUGUCGAUGCGGAGCAGCUCGAUCGGGUUCUGAAGGUCAACAAUGACCUCCGGCACAAAACCAACAUCGUUCAAAGCCAGCUGAAGAAGGUGCUGGAGAAGAAGGCUGAGCUGGAGGUGACGGUGCAGGAGAAGGACAAGGAAUUAGACCGGCUGCAGUCCCACCUGGCCCAGGUCAAGAAGGACAACCGCAACGACAAUAAGAUGGGCAAAACGGCGAGCGCCCCGAAUAUCAACAUGGCCGACAAAAUCAUCAUCGAUGUGAAGGAUCCAAACCGGCCCUGUUUCACCAAACAAGAGAUGCGGCAGAUUCUCCACGAACGCAACGAGCUGAAGGCAAACCUGUUCCUGGUCCAGGAGGAGUUGGCUUACUACCAGAGAGAGAUUUUCACCGACGGAAAGUUCCCGACACUUUUCAUGGAAGCAAUCAAGACAACAAUUAAAAAGCAACGGAAAAAAGUAAAGGCAAAGAUGUUGGGAAUACAGGAGGGCGUUUGUAGCAGCGAUGAAGAAGAUAAAGACACACUUCCUCUUCCCAGCUUUCCACAAGAUGAUAUCGAUUCCAAGCCGCCUGAGUCGAGAAUCAAAUCUUUAGAUCCAGCUCCACAGUUUAGAUCUACUUUGCAAGGUAUCAUAUUCCACGAAAUCCAGGUCUGGAUUUUGGAACUGCUUUGCAAAGUACUAUCAGCCAGGUCACCCAUUACUGCAUAUCCACCCCCAGCUGGGCAGGUGGGAUGGCCUGGUAAGACUCUCCCUCGAUCAAUGUCCCUCCACGACCAGUUGUCACGUGCUAUACAGGUUUGGAUUUCUUUAUCGAGGUAACAGCAUCAAAUCACCAUCAACCACCAAAGACUUGCCUGAAGCAUGGGAAGUGCUUGGGCCCCAAGGAAAUGAACUCGUGCGAGAAAACAAGCCCACGAAUAAAAACUGAGGGAAAAUCUAUUUGCUUGAUAUUCUUUUGACAGCUAUUGUGCUGAAUGCAUUGAUUAUAAUCCGGCAACAAUAAAAUUCUUAAAAAGCGGACGGCACAGUGGCGCAGCGGUAGAGUUGCUGCUGCUACGAUCCAGACUACGGGUGCUGUCUGUACAGAGUUUGUACGUUCUCCCUGUGACCGCGUGGGUUUUCUCGUUUCCCCACACGCUCAAAAGCUACAGGUUUGUCGGUUAAUUGCCUAAUUAAAAUUUGUCCCUAGUGUGUUGGACAGUGCUCGUGUACGGGGAGAUCUCUGGUCAGCGCGGACUCAGUGGGCCGAAGGGCCUGUUUCUGCGCUCUGUCCCGAAAGUCUAAAGGGCCUGUCCCACUUGCCGAUUUUUUUCGGCGACUGCCGACGUCAUUGACUGACGUAUCAGGGACUCCGAAAGAAUUUGAACAUUUCAAGAUCCAGCGGCGACAAAAAAAAAUGUUGCGACACUUGAGGAAACACCGCUCGUCCAUACGUUGUCACCGUCGCGUCACGCCGCAACUUUUCUGGUGACCUGAUACGCCAGUCAAUGAUGCCGGCAGUCGCCUAAAAAAAUCGUCAAGUGGGACAGGCCCUUAAAGCUAUUUUAACUCAAUAUAAUUGAUGCCUUUAAAUUACAGAAUACCCCCGCAUGACAAAGGGGACACUCAUUAUUGUGAUUAUUAUUCCCACGACACUCAUUAUUGUGAUUUUCUGUAACACCAAUCCUUGACAAAUUCUGUCACAUUUUAUAUUUAUUUAUUUUCCUAUCAGAUAAAUUGUAUUAAUGCAAAUUUUUAUUCCUAUUCUCUUAAUUAUUUUGGUGGUGAUUUGUAAAUUCCAUAAGGACAAAUCUCUUUUGCCUGGACUGCCUUAAUAUGGGGGAGGGUGGGGGGAGUUUACACUGUAUAUCAUUUGUAUAAAUUGUAAAUAUUUUUGAAAGCUUUUUCAAAUAAAUGUGUAUCUCUGAAGUA